UCUGUUUGAAUGGUAAAGGCGCCAGCAAAACACACAGAGAGGGAAAAGCACGGGUGGUGUUUUCCAAGAAAAAAUAAAAUAGGCUGUUACGAUCAUAGUCCGUAUAAAAAUAACUAUCUAGAUUUUGAAAGAAACGUCAACCAUUUCCAGGUAAUCACGCGAGACUGGUCGGUUAGAAAGUUAAACGGUUGCUUGAUUUUUCUUUUCUAUAUCGUGAAGAAAUACAUUUUGCCUGACGCCACCGGAGUGACAACGCAGGCCGGUCAUGUCGCAGAAGCAGAUCUACUAUUCUGACAAAUAUGACGACGACAAGUUCGAAUAUAGGCACGUGAUGCUUCCCAAAGAUAUCGCCAGGCGCGUGCCCAAGACCCACCUGAUGUCGGAGACCGAGUGGAGGAACCUGGGGGUGCAACAGAGUCAAGGCUGGGUGCACUACAUGAUCCACGAGCCAGAGCCUCAUAUCCUGUUAUUCAGACGACCCCGGCCACCCAGUGCCUCCCAGUAACAACCCCCCCCCCCCCCCCCCAAAAAAAAGGGAGUGAUGGGCGGGAGCUUCAGGAAGGUGACGGACAGCUGAUACGAGGAAGUCUUCGAGAGGUGGAUUUUUGCGUGGCCGUGACGAGGACGGCGAUCGGCUCCUGUGCGCACCCCGGCGAAGUGAACGCCCCCCGGGUUCCGAACCGAGAUAGCACGAACUUCUUUUCUAUUGCUGCUGCGAGUUUGUUUGUUUGUUUGUUUUUCUUUCAACAUUUUCUCUCUUGUUUUGGGAGCCGGUCGGAUCACAGUACUUGUGCUUGCGCGCCCAAGCCCCUGGCUCGUGUUGCGUACGUUUUUAAUUGCGUCCACUGCCAAGUUUAGUUGAGUAUUUUUUUUCCUUACUGCACCGAAUGGGGAUGUUUUAGAAUGUGGCUUGGUGGUGGGGCGAGGAAGAGACUCUCUGUAAUUUGAGUAAUGCACACUACUUGGUGCAUGUCACUGUAUCGGUAUGAAACAUAUUUCUGUUGUGAGCUAUUUAUUGAUAUCACCUGACCCAGUUCUGGGUUGACCUUGACUUUGAAAAUGGCGCCAAGUCUAGAAGACUCCUUCCUCUACCUGCUGUCAGGCCUUGUUAGGAGGCGGGGCACACAGUCACAUCAACAUGCGGCUGGUAGGGGUUGUGUAUGAGGAGUAUGGCAAGUCAGAGGGGCCAGAAUAGAUGAAACUUGAAAAAUGUGACCAGUGAGAGGUCUAUAAUACUCGACAGGCCAAAGUACAAACCAGUUUGUAAUUAUUUUGUGCACCAGUUCAAAAUGAUGGCUUGAUGCUAAAUGCAAGGUUUAAUGACCCACCACCCAUUUAUAUCUUUCAUUUUUCCAUCUUCUUCUGUAGCAAAUGAUACAAGAUGGCCCAAUCAUUGAGUAGCUAAUGGGUCCACACACCUGGUUUCGAAGGCCUACAUUGGCUGCCAACUGAAAGGAAACUACAAAUCCUGUAGUCCUCAAGGUCUUGAGUUGUGUGCUCACGAUUUAGGUUGAUUUGUGUUUUGCCAGGACAAAUAUUGGAGGCCUCGUUUCUCGUUUGGUCUGUUCGAACUCUUCUGGCCUGCUGUAGAGGCAGGAGGUACUGCACCCUGAUAUUCUGAGGUCUGCUUGAGCCCCCUGCUGGUAAAUCAUGGAAUUGUACUGUGACUGCUUUGCCUUGGAAGUCAGACUUUUUUUUGCUUUUUGAAAUACAUUUUUGCUAAGGGAAUUAUUAUUUUAUUAUUUCCGAUGGCGGGGUCAGUUGGGUGUUGGCCAACUGUCACAUUCACCUUCUGAUCGUUUGGGGUCCACACAAGUCCACAUGCAUGUGGUUUAUACUGUGUGUCCAGAUUGCCUUAAAUGGGGUCAAUAAUGCCUGCAUCACACACAAGGGAAAUACAACGGGCAAACAUUUUCUGCGCUAGGUAGACGUUGCAUGAAGCGAGGCCCUGCUGGACUGUUUAGGAGUAGCCUGGGGUAAUGACAUGUCAUGAAAUUCUCAUUUUAGAUUUUUAACUAACGCACUCAACGUAAUGGAACAAUUCAAGUGACUAACCUGUCGCCUGUGACUCGUCCUUGUUCUCAAAUAAACCAAUAAGAGUGUCAUAAA